ACAUGCAAUCUGUGCAGGGGUCUGGGCGUUUGUGCAUCAGGACUCAGCUUUUUUCAUUUCUGCAACCGCGUCCUUCCGCGUUGCAUGUGACGCGAUGACCCAUUGCGACCUCUUCCUCCGGCGAACGGCCUUCGCAGGGGCUGCGUGCCAACCGAAAAAUUUUCCGAAACAAGAAGCUGUCCAGAUCGACGCGUGCCUCCCUCGAGAAAAUCCCUGAGCCUCCGUUGUCCCCUUCUUGGGUGCUGUCUCGGCAUCCCGGCUGCCGACGGUUCCGGCGUCCGCUUUGCCCCCCGUUUUCCCGUGUUUCGUAAAUAUUCGCUCUGGGCACUGCGCUGUCGCUUUUUUGCACUGUGGGGUCGGUUUCCCCCGUAAAUUGCACCGGACCGUCGCUCCUCUCUUUUUCGCGUGCUCGUUUUCUGCGCCGGUAGGUUGGUGCGGCAGAGCGACUCGGGGGGCUCCAGAGAGUUGGCAGCUCGGCAUCGUUCUGUAAUAUCCGUCGCGACUUCUGUACGUAUUACCGCAUCGUUAGUUGUCCACGCAUUGUCGCACCGUCUUGUUCACACGAAGCUCCUCAUGAAGUGAGGACGUAGUGAUGCAGCUUCAGCUCACUCCCUCAAGUCCUGCCAUCUGCUCGGCUGAUUGCCUAUUUGCGGUGGCCGUGUGGCUGGAGGCGGGGAAGUCAUCCAUUUGGCAGCACGCGACUGGGUGAGAAUCCAGUUUUGAGAGGCUUCGGCAACACCGUGUCAAUUUUACAGUCAACUGGCUAAGCAUCAUUGGAAGACUCACUCGAAAGUCCCAUCAAGAUGAACGUGAAGUCGUGGGGGAUGGUUUUGUUUCUCGUCCUCGUUGCAAUUGCAACAGGACCUAACCAGAUAGAGGCUAAAGGCUUCAGAGCUGCAAUGAAAAAUUUGUUCGGCCGGCUUUUCGGAAAAAAACCCCAGCAGCAGGAAGAAGCCGAAGUUCCCGCUGAGGAAAAAGGAGAGGGCACUGUGACUGCGUACCAAGGAUCGGUGCGGCACAGCGGGACAGCGCCAAACCACAGAGCGAUGAGCUAUGAGACAAGACCCUCUUUUAAUCUUUUGUACGGGGAUCUCGGCCGGUACGGCUCGGAAGACGUCAUAACAGAGUUGGAAGCGGGUUUCCACAAUUUUGCCGCGAACUUGUAUCAAGGUCAAGUGAUGAUGCGAGCAGCUCUAUCUCGAUUGGCGACGGCAGUGAAAAGAGUGGUGCUGCCAAUUGCUGGUGACCAUGCGACGAAUCUGUGGUACAUCCGGCAGCGCACCGUCAACCUGUAUUUCGACAGUCGAGCGCUAGCAUUGCGGUGCCUGUACAUCGCGUACUUCCCAAUUCCUGCCACCUCGUUCAGGGACACAAGAGAUAUCGCCUACCGAAAAAGAAAGUUACUCCACUUUCUUGGCACGUACUACAUGCUAGAUGCCCGGCUCACGCUUCUCAUUCGCUUCAUGAAGGGUCUCUUGUCGACAGUUGCAGAAGUCUUCAUGGCGCAGAAAGGAACCAAAUAUAACGCGAUGGGGCAGGUUAUCCAGACAAGCGGCUUGUAUUUGGUAGACGGAUUCACUCUGUUGUUAGAGACGUUGGCAGGCCUGAAGGAGGCAGUUGUGUCGUCUCUCGUUUUCCCUCAUCCCCGGGAGAGGGUGUAUCGGGCACUGCAUCGGACGGGUUUGAAUUCACAUCAUAUUUUGAACGCCGCGAAGAGUGCCAUUGAUACAAGUGUUGAGUUCCGCCGCGGGCAGAUCGGGCAAAUAGCUGGAACGGAGAAGCAUGAGGAUACUUCCGCGUUUUGAGGUGCACCAUCUGGUACGUUGCACCCUCCAACGAGCGCGAGAGGAGAGUCCGUCUUCGAAUGGGCCGGGGCAUGAAGAUGUCCGUCGAGAAUCUGUCAAAUACUGCGUGCACCUUCACAUGGUGCUACUUUGGAAUUCUUUUGCGGGAACUGGGUUCACAGGAAGCAGCUGGCAAUCGCUUGCAAGGUUUCAGGUCCGGCUGCACACGAAGAUCUGCGUACAGCAGACGACUUGCCUUGACGGUUUGCCGCUUGGUGGUUCGUGCGUGCAAGCCUCGCACAAACCAGUGAUUAUAUAGAGUUUCAGUGAUGUAAAGGGCGGCCACGAACACCUUAGAUUCGUUUUAUGAGUGUUGCGGGUAGCUGUUUUCUACACCGUACGGAUGGCCGCUUGCCUCUAUCUGUUAGGCGUCAUGCAGCGUAGAUAACGGAAAUCCAAAGGAAGGACAGGCAGACAACGCCGUGGCAGAGAGAGUUGAACAAAACAAUGAUUUGAUACCCUACACCUGUUCCAACUUGGCUGUCGUGAGCAUUGUGGACUAAUUCUGUGAUGCUUCUUGUUAGGUGCCUGUCCAUUUUCAUUCAACAAAACAUUAAUAAUAUUUGAACG